AUGGUAGGAACUAUGUAUCAUUUUUUAAAAAAAUUCUUUGAAUCGAAGAUCAUUAACGAUCGUGAGACUGGAAGAUCAAGGGGAUUCGUUACUUUCUCUAACGAAAAGGUGAUGAGAGAUGCCAUCGAGGGCAUGAACGGCCAAGAUCUUGAUGGACGUAAUAUCACCGUUAACGAGGCCAAAUCACGCGGAAGCGGCGGCGGCGGCAACGGUGGUUACAACCAGGGCGGAGCUGUAUGGUAA